AUGGACCUUAUCAAAUGCUGUUCAGACGAUAAUUGUAUUAUAACACAGAGAAUCAGACAGUUAUGUAAAUCCUGUCAAUUAAACCAAAGCUAUAAAAACGAUGUCAAUUCUACAUUAAUAAUGUAUAAAGAAUCGGAUAAUAAUAACAAUGACAAUAUAAAGCUAUCAUUAAAGCCAGUGUUUCGAGAGAUAAGCGAUUUCAAGUCAUUCAACUCAUUACAACUCAUGAGAUUGUCUGAGCUGUUCAUCGCAUCCAAAAUAUUCAGCGAUAAACAGAUUUACGCCACGAAUGCGGUUGAGAUGACAGACAUCGUUGAAUUGAACCGAUUGUGUAAUAUAACAAUGUCUGGCGAUUUGAAAGACACGAUCACAUUUGCCAAAAGUCUCACCUCAUUUGCCAACAUAUGCCCUAUGGAUCAGAUCUCACUCGCAAAGUACGGGUGUCUUGAGAUGCAAAUAUUUCGCUCCACAAUACGCUAUGAUAGGGACACUGAACGCUGGACUCUGGUUUGGGUGUGUAAAUUGAGCAUGGCUUCAGAGCAGCCAAAGGCCGGCUGUUUUAAACUGGAUGUGCUUAAGAAGCGACAAAACAAUUUAGCCGAACAGCAAUUAUACAUUUAUUUACUUCAAUGCUAUCUAUAUAUGAAAUAUCGUUCAGAAGCGGAAACGCAUUCAAAACUAUCAAAACUAAUGAAUCCAUUGACAGAUCUUCAGGUGAUCUGCGAUAUGGAGAGAGUGGACGGACCGGAGACUAUUAAUUUCCUGAUAACUGGAGCCGCCGGAGGAGGGGUGGUAGCGAUAUCGGCUCAAUCUCCGACUACGGCUCUAAGAAUUGGUCGGCGUUUACCCUUACGUCGACCGUUCAGUCGACUGUCCGGCGCUAAGGCUGGAAUACAAGUGAAGUAUAGUCGACGACUACUGAUAAGACGGCUGCUCCAUCGCCCCGACCUUAACCGAAACACGUCCCGUCGUUUCUGUUACUCCGUUUCGUGCCAUCGCGCGCCUUGUGAAGGUCCGCUGCCAUAUCGUAGAGUCUUUGGGCUUCAGCCCCGACCUUGUUUGAGACCCGUACUUCCAAUCCGUCGGCCGCCGCUACUCCUACUUGAGGGGCAUACCGAUGUUCGCGUUUCCGUUGGUCGUCGUAUUCAUGUCUUCUCCACAUUGCUUCGCGUUUUCGUCGACCACUUCGAGAUACCGUUGCCAUUCCGUACCAGCGGUACCGCCACUGCGUCCGCGUUCUCGUCGGCGUCUGAAGUGUCUCCAAUUGGUUCCAUCGUUUCCGCAUGUGAUUCUCUGUCCGACGUCUCCGUUGAUACGUCGACACUAGUGACUGGCGCUUCUCGCGCAAUAAGAGGCAGAGCUGCGAACGCGUCGGCGUUCUCGGCAGAAAUGUCUCCCUUUGGUUCCUUCACUGAAGAUGAUUCCGUGUCCGACGUCUCCGUUGACGCGUCGACACUAGUGACCGGCGCUCGUCGCGCGGUCCGUGAAAUUCUCUUCUUGUAUGCGUCGAUUGACUUGUAUUUCGCGGCAAAUUUCCGGUGUCUGUGUUGUUCGACGAAUUCCGGCUUUAACAUCACUUCAUACGGGCCCACCAGUCGUAGACCAGGAAUGAUGGCCAGCCCGAGAGCCUCCGUCGCGUCGUUGCCGAGGAUCACCACGUCGUCGGCGUGCUUCAGCACUACGAGGGGCACUUUGGCUGCCAAUCGGUCGUACGCUAUCCGGCAAUCGUCGAUAACUCCCAUCGGAGUAGCUAUACGCCCGUCGGUGAGCUCAAUACCUCCUCCGCAGUAA